ACGGCCAUCAUCGCGAUCAGUUGUGCAAACGGGUGAACAAAUACAAAUAACAUUAUUGAACUAUUACGUGUUUGUACAGAAUGAAUUUCAGUGGAAAGGUGGUUAUUAUUACCGGAGGAAGUUCAGGUAUAGGAGCUGCAGCAGCAAAACAAUUCGCUUCUCAUGGCGCCCUACUCACUAUCGUCGGCCAAAAUGAACAGCGUUUGUUACAAGUAGCUGAAAAAUGCGCUAACUUCAAAGACCAUAACCCUUUAUGCCUUUUAAUAGAUCUCACUUCGCCAGACGGUUGCGAAGAAGUCGUAAGGAAAACAAUAGAAACUUAUGGAAAGAUUGAUGUCUUAGUCAACUGCGCUGGUAAAGGACCGGUGACAGAUCUCUUCGAUACCUCAAUGGAAAUUUUCGACGAACUAAUUGCAAUAAACCUUAGAGUACCAUACAAGCUUACUAAACUAUGUCUCCCACAUUUGAAGAACACGAAAGGCAAUAUCGUUAAUGUAUUUGCUGCACCAUUGAAGGUGACACCCGGUUUUCUACCCUUCGCUAUGAUCAGAGACGCAUUGCAAAGGUUCACAAACUCAGGAGGUUUAGAAACAGCAUCGGUCGAUGUGAGAAUGAACGCCGUAAGACCAGGUAUAACCAGAACGAAUUUCCUAGCCAACUUUAACGUUAGUGAUGCUGAUAUGAAAGAAGCUUAUGAAAAGAUCGCUGAAAUAGUACCAAAUAAAGUGAUAAUUGAGCCUGAGGAAAUAGCAAACCUGAUUCUAUUCGCAGCUAGCGACAUUUGUCCCAAUAUGAACGCUUCCAAUUUGGUAUUAGACGGCGCCGCUUCUUAUUACUGACUAGUACACAUAAUUAACAUCUGGUCUGAUGUAAAAAAUAAUGCUUCCAAUUAUUUAUACGAGUUAUUUUUGUCACGUACAUUUGUAAUACUUAAUAGUUCAAAAU